AUUCUCCCUGAGGAGCAUUACAUGGUCAGUGGUUGGCCUUCUUUCCAUAAUUACGCAAAACCUUUUGUGUGCUAUUGCGAAAGAAUGAGACCCUGAAGCAAAUGUACAUUUAUGAGUCAAUAUUGAACCACCACCUAACUAAUGAAGAUGACUGUGGAUAUCGGUGAAUUGCUGAGUGGGUCGAUCGUUCUGGUCUUACUCCUGACCAUAUUGACCUGCGUCUUCACCUGGCAGUUCCUCAGCAGCUCUCUGCACAGAUGGACCCAGAUGAAGCCAAUACCAGGGAUAAGUCCAAGCUACCCGUUACUGGGCAAUGCUCUGUCAUUUAAAGCUAAUGCGAGAGAUUUCUUCCGUCAAGUCAUUGGCUACACAGAGCAGUUCAGGGACUCCCCACUGUUAAAGAUUUGGAUCGGACCAGUACCCUUCCUCCUUCUGUUCCAUGCAGAAACCAUUGAGACAGUUUUGAACAACCCUGUUCAUAUGGACAAAGCCUAUGCUUACAAGUUCCUGCAACCUUGGCUCGGCACUGGUCUACUAACCAGCACGGGGAACAAGUGGCGGCGGCGGCGGAAGUUGCUCACCCCCACCUUCCACUUCUCCAUCCUGACGGAGUUCCUGGAGGUGAUGAACGAGCAGGCCGAGGUGCUGGUGGAGAAGCUGGACAAGGUGGCAGGCAAGGGCCCCUUCAACUGCUUCAACCACGUCACCCUCUGUGCCCUCGACAUCAUCUGUGAGACUGCAAUGGGGAAGAAAAUCUACGCUCAAAGUAAUUAUGAUUCAGAGUAUGUCCAAUGUGUGUACAAGAUGAGUGACAUCAUCACACGGCGACAGAGGAUGCCGUGGUUCUGGCCCGACUUUUUCUACAACUACUUUGGCGAGGGCUGGGAGCACAACAGGAGCCUCAAGGUCCUCCACUCGUUCACCUCCAAUGUGAUCUACGAGAGGGCGGAGUACAUUGCCUACAUCGAGUCGGACAGCGAAUCGGACCAGGGCAUGAGGAAGAGGCGGGCCUUCCUGGACAUGCUUCUGAAGACCACGGACGAGGAGGGCAACAAGCUCACCCACCAGGACAUCCAGGAGGAAGUGGACACCUUCAUGUUCAGGGGUCAUGACACUACAGCCGCAGCCAUGAAUUGGGCCAUUCACCUGCUGGGCUCCCAUCCAGAGGUGCAGAGGAAGGUUCAACAAGAGCUGCAGGAGGUGUUCGGUGUGUCCGACCGGCCAAUAAACACAGAGGAUCUGAAGAAGCUGCGCUACCUAGAAUGUGUCAUCAAAGAGUCCCUGCGCCUGUUCCCCUCUGUCCCCUUCUUUGCCCGCAGCAUCGGUGAAGACUGCCACAUCAAUGGUUUCAAGGUUCCCAAAGGUGCCAAUGCCAUCAUAUUGCCCUACUCCCUCCACCGCGACCCGCGCUACUUCCCCCAGCCUGAAGAGUUUCGCCCUGAACGCUUCAUGCCGGAAAAUUGCGUUGGGAGACAUCCUUACGCCUUCAUCCCUUUCUCUGCUGGACUCCGCAACUGCAUUGGUCAGCGCUUUGCCAUGAUGGAGGAAAAGGUGAUCCUGGCAUCCAUCUUCCGCUACUUCAACGUGGAGGCGUGUCAGAAGCGGGAAGACCUCCGUCCACUAGGGGAGCUCAUUCUUCGCCCCGAGAAGGGCAUCUGGAUCAACCUUGAGAAGAGGAAGCAGCAGCACUAGAUAAUCUAGGGAACUGUUUGAACACACCAUUCCUUCCUCCCUCCUUUGGGAGUAAUCGCUGAUCUAACACUAAUUGAUAGGUAAAAGUAAAUAGUUCUAGCAUAUACUGUAGAAUACAUUCUUAAAGUAUUUAAACAGGGACAAAUAAACAUACAUAGUUUGAUGCCAUUCCAUUGAUUCUAUCCAGCCAUUACAAUGUGCCCAUCCUCCUAUAGCUCCUCCCACCAGCCUCAACUGCUUCUCAGGUAUGGACCAUAUGAACACAUAAUUAUACCACCAAGAAUAUCUACCCUAUCCAAUAACACUUUAUCACAACUUUCAUUUAUAAGCCAUUAAUAGGUCAUUAUAAGGCAUGUGUUAACUUGAAAAUGUGUUCCUACUUUAAUAUGGUCAAAAUGUUCACCAACAUCACAGCUGCGUGUUUCACUUGUUUUUGAAGCUCUUGGGAUGGUAUCUUCUCUAAUAACAAAAAUGGCUGGAUGUAUAAUUUAAUAAAAGAGUAUUCUUA